AUCCUAUGACACAGCUGUACUACAAGAAGGCGACGUACUCGCCGUACCGUGACCGCAUCCCGCUUCAGAUCGUGCGAGCUGAGGUGGAGCUGUCUGCUGAGGAGAGGGCCUACCUCACCGCUGUGGAGAAAGGUGACUAUGCGGGUGUCAAACAUGCCCUUCGCGAGGCGGAGGUCUACUACAACAUGGACGUGAACUGCCUGGACCCGCUGGGCCGCAGCGCGCUCCUCAUCGCCAUUGAGAACGAGAACCUGGAGAUCAUGGAGCUCCUGCUUGACCACGGCAUCCACACCGGCGACGCCCUGCUCUACGCCAUCAGGAAGGAGGUGGUGGGCGCCGUGGAGCUGCUGCUGUCGCACAGGAGACCCAGCGGCGAGAAACAGGUACCGUCGCUGAUGAUGGACAGUCAGUUUUCAGAGUUCACCCCAGACAUAACUCCCAUCAUGCUCGCUGCUCACACCAACAACUAUGAGAUCAUCAAGCUCCUCGUCCAGCGGAAGGUCACCAUUCCCAGACCACACCAGAUACGAUGUGACUGUGUUGAGUGUGUAUCCAGUUCAGAAGUAGACAGUCUUCGGCAUUCACGGUCUCGACUCAACAUCUACAAGGCUCUGGCCUCGCCCUCCCUCAUUGCGCUAUCCAGUGAAGAUCCCAUCCUCACUGCCUUCAGACUGGGCUGGGAACUCAAAGAGCUCAGCAAGGUGGAGAAUGAGUUUCGUCAGGAGUACGAGGAGCUAUCGCAGCAGUGCAAACGGUUCGCCAAAGACCUUCUGGACCAGGCCAGGAGUUCAAGAGAGCUGGAAACCAUCCUGAACCACAGAGACAACGACCAGAGCGAGGAACUGGACCCCAGACAGUGCCAUGACCUGGCCAAGCUCAAACUGGCCAUCAAAUACCACCAAAAAGAGGUAGGGACUCAACCUGAAGAUUCUAGCAGUGUGGAGAAUGAGUUUCGUCAGGAGUACGAGGAGCUAUCGCAGCAGUGCAAACGGUUCGCCAAAGACCUUCUGGACCAGGCCAGGAGUUCAAGAGAGCUGGAAACCAUCCUGAACCACAGAGACAACGACCAGAGCGAGGAACUGGACCCCAGACAGUGCCAUGACCUGGCCAAGCUCAAACUGGCCAUCAAAUACCACCAAAAAGAGUUUGUGGCCCAGCCGAACUGCCAGCAGCUGCUAGCCACGCUGUGGUACGACGGCUUCCCGGGCUGGAGGAGACGACACUGGGCGGUCAAACUGGUCACCUGCUUCAUCAUCGGACUCCUGUUUCCUUUCUUCUCACUGAUCUACCUGUUGGCCCCUAAGAGCGCUCUGGGAAGCUUCAUCAAGAAGCCUUUCAUCAAGUUUAUCUGUCACACGGCGUCCUACCUGACCUUCCUGUUCCUCCUGCUGCUGGCCUCGCAGCACAUCGCCCGCACCAACCUGCACAUGCAGGGACCCCCACCAACCAUCGUUGAGUGGAUGAUUCUCCCAUGGGUGCUGGGCUUCAUCUGGGCCGAGAUUAAGGAGAUGUGGGACGGGGGAUUCACAGAGUACAUCCACGACUGGUGGAACCUGAUGGACUUCGCCAUGAACUCACUAUACCUGGCCACCAUAUCGCUGAAGAUAGUGGCCUACGUUAAGUAUAACUCCUCUCGUCCCAGGGAGGAGUGGGAGAUGUGGCACCCCACGCUGAUAGCUGAGGCUCUGUUCGCCAUCGCAAACAUCUUCAGCUCCCUCAGACUCAUCUCCCUCUUCACCGCCAACUCCCACCUCGGGCCCUUGCAGAUCUCACUGGGGAGGAUGCUGCUGGACAUCCUCAAGUUUCUCUUCAUUUACUGUCUAGUCCUGCUGGCUUUUGCUAAUGGCCUAAACCAGCUGUAUUUCUACUAUGAGACCAAGGCCUCAGAGGAACUCAACAACUGCAAGGGCAUCCGAUGUGAGAGGCAGAACAACGCCUUCUCAACGUUAUUUGAGACUCUUCAGUCUCUGUUCUGGUCGAUAUUCGGGCUGCUGAACCUGUACGUCACCAACGUGAAAGCCCGGCACGAGUUCACAGAGUUCAUUGGGGCGACCAUGUUUGGGACAUACAAUGUCAUCUCGCUGGUGGUUCUGCUCAACAUGCUCAUCGCCAUGAUGAACAACUCCUACCAACUCAUCGCUGACCACGCCGACAUCGAGUGGAAGUUUGCCCGCACCAAGCUGUGGAUGAGUUACUUUGACGAGGGCGGCACGCUGCCGCCUCCGUUCAACAUCAUCCCCAGCCCCAAGUCCAUCUGGUACCUGCUCAUGUGGCUCCACAACAAGCUGUGUAGGAGAGGCCAGCCGCAUGGGGAGGAAACGCACAAAUGUGAAAACCUCAGAGAGUUCACGGAACGCCACGCUGACAGUCUGAUACAGAAUCAGCAUUACCAGGAAGUGAUCCGGAGCCUGGUGAAGAGGUACGUGGCGGCCAUGAUACGCAGUGCCAAGACGGACGAGGGACUGACGGAGGAGAACUUUAAGGAGUUGAAGCAAGACAUCUCCAGUUUCCGCUACGAGGUCCUCGAUCUUCUUGGGAACCGGCGUCCUCCCCGGCGACAUUACUCCUCCUCCAGCGAGACAGCAAGAGACGAUGGCGCCAUGGCCUCAGAGGACGACAGCGAAUCGGGUGACGGCGGUGGAGGGAGUGGCCAGAGGUCAAAGGGCGUGACCUUCAUGACCCCGCUGGAAGACGACGUGAAGCCGACACCCACGCACGGCGUGUCUGCCUUGGUGCGCUCCAUUUCUGGAAUGACUCAGAUAGAAGGAGGGGGAGAAGGUGAGGAGGGGGAGCUGGAGGAGGGCAUUGGAUGGGGGGAAGAGGAGGAAGAAGAGGAGGGGAAACCAAAGAGCAACGGGCUGAAGACAACCGUCAUCCCUCCAUCCUCCACCACCGUCCUCCCCUCCCCGUCAUUCUCCUCGUCGUUCUCCUCAUCGUUCGCUCGUACGAGGACCCGCCUGCAGCGCAUCUCAACUCCGAGCGCAAAGACAGACUCUUUCAAGCGCCUCUCCUACCUGUUCUCACGCUCCAAGCGCAAAGCACCACCCAUGCCUCUCCCCCUCCAGUCCCCACCUUCCUACACCAUUUCAGACGGGUUGCUCCGCCCCCUGGGGGGCCACAGCCACUCCGACUUUGGUCUCAGUAACGUAACCAGAAGCGAGACUCACCUGAACGAGGUGGGCCUCUCAGUCGACAUCAAUAACCCCUCGUUUUCCCCGCGGAGAACGAACGGGCGGGACUCGCUCUUGACGCUGCCCCUCCCGCCCCCGUGCCCCUGCCAAUCCCUGCACUGUGCUUCCAACAUGUCCGAGUCCAGCUCGCGCCUCCUGGACUCCAGCGAGGACGUUUUCCAGGGCGGAGGCGUGGGAGGAGCGGGCGAGGGCGGCAUGGAUGGAGGCGGGGGAAGAGGAGGGGUUAUGAUGAUGGGCGGGUGGGUGGGACCGUGCGACGAUGUCAUAGAGGACAGCUGUGAGGUCAUAGAGGACUCUGUCACCACACAGCUAUAG